GAAGUGCUUUAGCAGCUCUAACAACAAUACAGCAGCGGUGUCGGUUCUGCUGGUUCUGGUGGUUCUGGUGGGUUUUCCCGUCUAAAGUCCUCAUGGCGGUACCGGCUCUACCGGUCCAGCUCAAGGCCGUCCAGCACCAUCUCCGAACCGCGCAGGAGCACGAGCAGCGGGACCCGGUGGUGGCGUAUUACUGCCGGCUGUACGCCAUGCAGACGGGGAUGAAGCUGGACAGCAAGACGCCGGAGUGCCGGAAGUUCCUGGUGCGGCUGAUGGACCAGCUGGAGUCGAUGAAGAAGGAUCUGCUGGACAACGAGUCCAUCAGCCAGGAGGUCGUGGGGAACGCCCACAUCGAGAACUACGCCCUCAAGAUGUUCCUGUACGCCGACAACGAGGACCGGGCCGGACGCUUCCACAAGAACAUGAUCAAGUCCUUCUACACGGCCAGCCUGCUGCUCGACGUCCUGUGUGUGUUCGGGGAGUUAUCGGAGGAGAACGUCCAGCACAGGAAGUACGCCCGCUGGAAAGCCACUUACAUCCACAACUGCCUGAAGAGCGGAGAGACGCCGCAGUCCGGCCCGGUUGGGAUGGAGGACGAGGACGCAGAAGAGUUCGGGGCGUCGGGGUUCUCAGACCGGUCCUCCUUCAGGGCCGACCAGUUCGAGGACCCGGGUUCUGGUCCAGGACCAGGACCCGGACCGCCCCCUGGGAUCGGGUUCACCCCGGCCCACUCGGACCCCUCCACCCCCAACUACAACCACAUCCAGGUCCCCCCGGGGGCCCACGCCCCGGCCAACACGCCGGCCGAGCUGCCGCCGCCCAGCGCAGAAGCUGCUAAACCCGUUCCUGCACCGAGAACUGCUCCGUCUGUCGACUCGGCGCUGCUCACCGCCCAGCAGGAGGGCGGCGUCCAGCUGACCCCCGAGGAUCUGACCCGGGCCCAGAAGUUCUGCAAGUACGCGGGCAGCGCGCUGCAGUACGAGGACGUGAACACGGCCGUGCAGAACCUCCAGAAGGCCCUGAGACUCCUGACCAGCGGCAGAGAAUGAAGCCUUUGUCCCGCUGGGGGCCCUGCAUAGACACAUGUACACAUGUACACACAUAUACACAUACACAUGUACACACAUAUAUACACACACAUAUACACACACACACGUACACACACAUAUAUACACAUAUACACACACACACAUAUACACACAACAAUGGCCGCCAGUGUCCCGCGGCUCGGCGGGAGGAAUAAGUGACUAACAGCAGAAAACAUGGACUCAUUAUCGGCUCCGUCACCUCCGUCAGCUGAGAAUAUCUGAGAAUAUCCAUCACAUAUCCAGUAGAAAAGUGUCACAUAUUGUUUUAUUUAUCCUUUUUUUGUCGGUUAACGGUUGUAACGGAGCGAUAAUUCCUGAUUUACAAUCAGAUUUCCCUCAAAAAAAGAUGCAAAACCUCAUAAAAGUCAAAUCGAAGGAGCGUGGCGACGUCGGAGCUGCAGGAAUCAGAACUGCUGACGUUAGUGCUGAGUCAGUACGGAGGAGACGGAGCAGCUGGAGGAACGGGGGCUAACGCAGCUAACGGGGGCUAACAGGGACUAGCGGGGAUUAGCGGGACUAGUGGAGACUAACUGGGACUAGCAAGAUCUAAAGGGGUCUAACGGAGGCUAAUUGGGAAAAGCGGGGGCUAACAAGGCUAACGGAGCCUAGCACGGACUAAUGGGGGCUAACAGGACUAGGGGGGCUAGCGGGGUCUAGGCUAACUGGGGCUAGCGGGGGCUAACGGGACUAGUGGGGGCUAACGGGACUAGCGUGAGCUAACAGGGACUAACGAGGGCUAACGGGACUAGCGGGGGCUAACGGGACUAGCAUGGACUAAUGGGGACUAACAGGACUAGCGUGGGCUAACAGGACUAGGGGGGCUAGCGGGGACUAGCGUGAGCUAACGGGGACUAGCGUGAGCUAACGGGGACUAACGAGGGCUAGCGGGGACUAGUGGGGGCUAACUGGGGCUAGCGUGGGCUAACGGGACUAGCGUGGGCUAACGGGACUAGCGUGGGCUAACGGGACUAGCGUGGGCUAACGGGACUAGCGUGGGCUAACGGGACUAGCGGGGGCUAACGGGACUAGCGGGGGCUAACGAGGACUAGCGGGGGCUAACGGAACUAGCAUGGACUAAUGGGGACUAGGCUAACUGGGGCUAACUGGGGCUAACGGGACUCUCUUCUGUAAAAACAUUAUUUUAAUACUGACACUGCUUUUCUGUUUCUGGUUUUGAACUUUAAUCUCAGGAGUUCAGAGACUUUGAAAUGUUUUUGUUGCUCGAAGGUUCGGAUUCUGUCCGAGUCGUUAAAAUAAAACCUUUGAGUGAAACUG